AUGAGUUUACUUACAACACAGGUGGUCCUCGCUCUUUCCCACCGCCAGACUCGCACCGGUCGCCAAUGCGGAAGUGAAUUCACUUCCGGGUACCUAUCACGUGAGCGGAGGCAAAGGGUUUUAAUUGGUGCAGAAAGCCUUGUUUCUGGGCAGCUGGAGACUAACUUGUCUCCUAAAGACCUCCCAUUUCUACGGGCGCCACUGCAAACCAAAACACAAGAGUCCUCCAUAGUGUAUCACGUCACCAUGGCAACCGGGCAACAGCCCAAACGGCAAGAAAAGGGGGGGAUCAAAAGAGACACCAUGAGAAGGCAUAGAAUAUAA